UUUCAGUUAUGAAGCGCUGGACGCCUCAAACACACCGAUCAGGAGGAAUUAAAAAAAACAAAAACAAAACACUUACAGGUGGAGAGUGUCACGUCGAAUGACUUCGACCGGAUCCGUUGCUGUUUAUCUAAGUUCAGGAUGAUGAAAUCACAAAAAUCAUGCUUUAGAUUAGUACUGGCCUGUAGAUGAUCUAACAAAGACCAUACGACAGCGAUGGAGGAAGCUAAUAAUACUGCAGCUUUAGCAGAGAGGACUCUGGGAAAUGAAGUGGAUGCAGGAGAUACAAUUGGAAAGAUGAAAACAGCAUUAUCCUCAACACUUCUACAGCCAGGUCAAGAUGAUGAAUUGAGUCACGCUCAGGCUGUUGCCUUAAGAACUGAAACUGGUCCUCAUAUCGGCGUAAAGAGUGCUUCAACAACCAGUAAUAUUAAUGUCACAUUGGAGAACGAGAACAUUUGGAGUCGUUUUCAUGGCAUCGGCACCGAGAUGAUCUUAACCAAGCAGGGCAGACGCAUGUUCCCCUGUUGUCGCUUCCGUCUGAGUGGUUUAGACCCAAAUCUCAGGUUCUUCCUAGUUAUGGAUGUGAUGCCUUUAGAUGACUUCCGACACAAAUGGAACGGAACGUCGUGGGAACCGGGCGGAAGCAGUAAACCUCACAUCCAGGGUCCGGUUUGUCUUCAUCCCGAGUCUCCGGCUCUGGGUCGGCACUGGAUGGAUGGCCCGGUGUCCUUUUACAAAGUCAAGUUAGCACACAACUCUCUGGACCAGGAUGGUUGUCUGGUGUUGCAGCCCAUGCAGCGCUACCAGCCGCGUCUUUUCGUCGUUCCUGUUAGUGCGGGUCACGAGCGUGCCAUUCAGCUGGAAAGCCCUGAUGUUCACAUGUUUACCUUCCCUAAAACAGAGUUCUACGCGGUGAUGAGCUACCAGAACCCGCGGAUCACUCAGCUUAAAAUCGACUGUAAUCCGUUCACGUUAGCUUUCAGAGUAGACGGCCAAAACUCUCGCCGCCUCCACAACAAACUCAAACUCGCUCUGACUGGCAGAACUCAAACGCAGCUUCCUUUUCCGUCUCUUGCCACUCACACCUGUAAUGAAACCUCGGAGAAUGAAGACCUCAGUUCAACACACACUAACCCUGAAUCUGAUAGAGAAGAAAAGAACUUAUCAGACAGGAAGAGAGUCUGUGAUCAGACCAGCAGCUGUGAUGAGGAACAGGUCAUCAAACGCUUCAUGAGAGAUGAAUCACAGCCACAUGAGCACGUGAAACCUACUGAGCACACGAUGCCACAUGAGAUGCCACCUAGUUCUUCAGAACCUCACUGUCCGACCAGUUUAACUGAAAGUUUAGAACGUGACUCUGUGGAUGUGAUUGGUCGUCCAAACGGUAUUCCCUCAACCAUUUCACCGCUCUCUGCUACCUGUAAACCAAAGCGUGCUUACUGUAAAUCCAGUCGUUGGAGAAAAGCGAGGAAAGCCAAGUCUAAAUGGUGGUCUAAUGUGAAGUAUGCAAAACCUCCUGACGUCAUGAGACCCAUUGACGUGUCCAUGCAGCCAGACCUCGAAGAUGUGGAUGGCAUGCUGUUUGUGUCAUUUACUGCAAAGGAAGCUCUUGACAUUCAUGUUGGAAACAUGAGGAAGCCUGUGGAAUCAUCAUCAUCAUCAUCAUCAUCAAACACUGAAAAUCAAACACAGAAGUCGCAAUGUUGUAGUGAAGAAGUUUCUUUAACAGUGGAGGAGAAGAUCUCAAACCAUGAGCUCAUGUUACUAGAACAUCUGAAACAGCUGAAGAACAGACAGAUCAUUCAUCCAGCGCUGCAACAGGUUGGAAUGAAACUCAAUCUUCUAGAUCCUGCUGUACCCAUAGACUUACAGUAUCUAGGUGUGUUUGUACCUUUGCUUUCACCUGUUCACAGCGGUGCGGAAAACCUCACAUCAUCCUCUAAUGCUCCGUUCGUGUCGCGGACUGGCAAGACAAACGAUCCGAUCAGGAUAAAAGGCUGGAGGGAGAAAUUUACUUCAAAGACUGUACAGAACUCAACUGACAGUUCCGGCAACCAUUCAGCAUUUUUUUCAGACAUGUUGGAUGAAUAUCUCGAAACUGAAGCGCAGCAGAUCAGCGAGCGUGCCGCUGUCUUUUCAACAAGCUCUCCAUCACCUGUUGCCUACCAGCUGCCCACCAAAAGUAGCAGUUAUGUCCGAACCUUGAAUAGUGUCCUUCAGACACGUAGCUUUCCACCAAACUCCGCCCAUUCAGGGAUCCAUAGAAACCUCACAAACAUGCUGCCAUCCAAAUCUUCCAUUAAAACGACUCCAGGAAACAUUGUUUGUACUUCCUCAUCAAGACCCCAACAAUCCACCCCUUUAACCGUGGGUAAACGGUUGAAACGCAGCACCUCUUGCCGUUCGUUUCAACACUAUUCAACGAUAUCAACCAGUAAAACCACAAAUCCCAGCCAUGUUUAUAAACGUGGAGUAGGUCGUCCUCGUAAGCAUACACUGAAGUUGAACAGCUCUUGUCUGGAGGUCAGAGGUUGUAGUGAUGGUGGAGAGCAGUCGUCUUCUACAUCUGCUGAAAGGCACACAGAGAUGUUGGUACAGGAACAGGAAGCAGUCUUUCAUGGCAACAGUCGUACUUACAUCACCACUGAGAGGGCAAAGUUUGCAUUGAAUUCACUGGUGACCUUAGAAAAACAUGAGAAGGCGCCGUUCAGCACUUGGCACAUUUAUGAAGAUGAUUGUGGUAAUGACUUCUGUCGACUGGGUUGCAUCUGCAAUAGUCUUUAUAGAAAACUGCGAGGAGACACACACUGCAGACGUGUUCAGUGUAUGUUCGGCUGCAGCUGUUUCAAGCACAAAGUUCUUCUGAUUCACCCACCAGAUGUGAGCGAAAUGCUUAAUGGCAGGAGGAUGCCGCUGAUAGCUUAUCCGAUUGCUGACCCAGAGUUGGAGGACAGACCAGAACCCGCUCCAAGAGUCACCAAACUGUGGAAGAGGACACCCGAAGAUUUUGACUCAGAGCCCAUCUUUAUACCCAAACAAGUUCCUGUACGGAAAGAAAUGCCACGAUUACAUACCUACACUCCACGACCAAGUCCUCAGGUGUUGGAAAAAGACAAGGAUCCAGUGUAUAAGUACUUAGAAAGCAAGAUGACGUGCGCUCGUGUGCGAGAAUACAACAGUAAUCCACCACCUCAGGUGCACCUAGUCACCUCAGGUGUUCCUGUCAGGAAAAAUGUUCGAGGAUCUGAUGAAGCGUCCAAUGAAUUGUCCAGUCUGCAUCCCGCUAAAGGACAUCUGACGUCCCAAAGUACUGACAAGAACGCCACAGCAUCUAGUGUAAUCACAGAAGAGCCAGAACCCACUAAAGUUCUGGAAAUCAUUUCAGAGUGUAACUGGGAGGCCCAUCGGUCCCUGGUGCUUAAACAACUGUUCCAAUACAUCAGUAUGAACCACCUCGCAUCCACUUUCUUUAUUGACAUCUACAAAGUGCAGCUUCUCUCAAAAGAGUUUAAAAACCAUGGGGCCAGUUCGAUGUUAAUCUACAAGGUCUGUGUCUCUCUCGGGGAGAAAUCAGGAGCAACUGGUAAACCAAAACAGGACAAGAACAAACGAAAAAUCUCAGAGGAACCGUUACAUUUCAGAAAUUCUACUGUUCAACAUGUCAACACACUAGUUUCUAACCACAGUAAUAAUAACCUAGACAUUAUUAAUGUUAACAUGGAGACAAAGACACCAGAGCGUUUCCCCCUUAUUUCUCGUAUACUUCCCGCUGGUUAUCUGAAGGCUGAUAAGAAGACGUCUGUGCAUCCUGGCCUAAUUAAGGUCAAUGAUAAAACAUACUCUCAGGCAAAAUUACUCUUAGGUGAAAUGGGAGCUUUACAUCCAGCCAACCGUCUUGCAGCGUAUGUCACCGGCCGGAUAAAGCCAGCGCAUCAGAAUCAGAUCAAGAGCAGAUUGGUUUCAGAAACACUCAAAACUCUCCCAAUCAGGACACCUGCGGAUAUCAAGGAAAAACUCAAAGAGACAAGUCGUUCAGAUCCAGCUGCAGUGAUUGAUUCCUCAGAACAAACCGUGCGACCAACAAAUCAAAGAAUAGAAGCUUUCAUAACACCAGCUACCAAACCUUCAGUGAUGCCCAAGGGUCCCAAUGUCACUAAUUGUACAUCGGGCAAAAUUACAGACUCUCAGGCAAAACUACUCUUGGGCCAAAGGGAAACUUUGCAUCCAACCAAACGCACUGCAUCAAAUGUCAAUGGCCGGCUAAAGCCAAUGGAUCAGAAUCAGAAUAAAAGCAGCUGGAUUUCAAAUCCAACUCCACCAGCUGACACCAUCACAAUCCCAACCCAGACAUUAAUGGCAAACUAUAAAACAUCUAACACUGGACUAGUUCCCAACAUUGCCCCAAUCUCUGUACCUACUCCCAACCCUGAUACGGCACCUCAGUCUACGCCUGAUACAGUCCUCCCUGCUGCUGCUCUGCCACCUGGUGAGCAAGUAGUUCUGCAGCCGGUCGCAGGUAUGAUGGGGGUAAACUUGUGCCAGUUUAAUGGCCAAACGAUACAGCUAGUACCUAUCCCUGCACCAUUACCUGUUCGGCUCCAAACCAGCUCUGACAGCAAAGGAAGCACUCAACAGAAACCACAAACUGCUCCAGGUCUACCUCAGUCUAUUCCUCAAGAAGCAGCACCUUCACAAAAGGCUUUUGCUAAGAUGCUUCCAUUCAAUGCUCCCAAGAUCCUGUCAGUGACAGGAAACACAAGCUUUACCUUUGUCAAUGGCGUUUCAGCUCAGAGCGGGUUUGCUGGUAAGGCAGGAACAUUUUCCUUUAGAAUAUGCCCACCGUCUGGUGAAGGCAAGACCAUGGGUCAUGAACAGACAGGAAAACCUCCAGAAUCAGGAGCUGCUUCCACAUUAUUACUUCCCGGAGGCUAUAGAUUAAUAAAACUGCCUUUCAAUCCCUGUGUGAACUUUAUAAACUCUGAGAGCACCCCACCUGCUUCUGUACCCCCUGGGUCACAACUGAUCGACAACUGCACUGAGAAACCAAUUAAAAACUCAAAAGAAAGUAGCAAAGAUUGUGGAAGUACUUCUUCCCCGUUUGUCCCAGUAUCAAACGGUAAUGACCCUACACAAACAGAUGCAGUCUGCUCCAGUAUUGCUCUUCAAAAUUCUGAAGGUGCUCAUGAACAAGUUUCUACACUAUAUAGUCACGAAACGGUCAGUAAUCCUGAAAUUAAGUCAGAAAACUCUGCAAAAACUGGAGCAAAUGAUUGGAUUCCUGAAGAAGCUGAGAUGAUUCUCAAAAAUGAUGACUGUGAACUAAAGGGAGCAGAAGAGGAUAAAUUUAAAAAUUGGCCAUCCAAAGGAGCCCAGCUAGUACUGUGGGAAGAUGAAGAGGAGCCACUUUCUGAAGACGAAAAUGAUGAUUCGACCCCCAUGGGCACUGAACCUAAUUUUGAACAGAAAGAUCAGACCAUAGAAAGUAGUUCCAUUAGUCACUGUCGAAAAGAAGAUUGUGAGCCAACACACAAAAAUAUAGCCAGAUUCAACCAUACAGAGGUUACUAAUGAAGGUCCAACGAGACAUGAAUCCUCAGGUCCCAUUAAAACAGAACCAAGCGACAAUCCAACACAGUGUUCAUUCUCUAGUGCACCCAAUACACCUGAACAUGGUCAGGUGUCUCAAGAUGGGCCUCCAGUUGGUCUUAAAAUUGAGGUGUACAAUGACUCAAAACAUACUGACACUUUAUCCAAACAUCAUGACAUGCUGUGUAAGAGCAGACUCUGA